AUGCAACCAGCAGAUUAUCGUCUUGUACGUUCUCAUAUAGAAGCUGGAAUAAUGAUGGCAAUUAAACGACAUGUAUUUCCAAAAACACUUGAUGAUUAUUUUUCUUAUUGGCUAUAUGGUCAAAGGAAAUCAACUGAACAAAUUCCUGUUAAUUUAUCUCGAUCUAUUCCUUGUCUUGUAUGUUCAAACAAUAAUGCUAAUUGUGAAGAUUUUUCAUUACUUACCGUCGAUAUGAAUUCGUUUUUACAAUGUUUACCUUUAUUAAAUACUGAAGAAUUAUCAAUACUCUAUUCAUUACUUGAUGAUGAUCAAAAAGUGUAUCAACAUGCUAUCCGACAACAAUAUCAAGAUUAUAAACAACAAUUAAUUGAAAUUUUAAAAAGAAAACGUAAUGAACGAUAUUAUCUUGUUUAA